AUGAGUCAUCCAUGAAGUUCAAGAAUUACAUCCCACCCCGAUUGAACAUUGAAUUUCGAUUACAUCGUUCAUUAGUGGAAAAGGGAUACGACGCUUUUGGUUUCGAUAUUUUCGGUUUAAUUAUUUAAUAUUACGUCACUGAAUAUACCCGGUUUGAGUAGUCUAUCCUAUUUUAUAAAAUACUAUUAUGGAAACGUCUACAAUGGCUAACGAUGAAUAUGGAAGCGCAGUUGAAAGGGCCAACAAGAUGUUUGUUGCUAAUUUAGUUAUUUCCGAAAUGAAUUCAGUGAAAGUUGAACAGGAAGAUGAGAUGUUCGAUGAAUGUGAAAUGAUUGAUAUCGGUUCCAUUUCUGAGGCAUUCUCAAUGGAUUACAAAGAUGAUACCAACUGCAGUCAACAGAAAAAAAUGAAAGGUAAUGACGAUAUCAACAUCCUGAGCGAAAAUCUCAAAACUGAAGAGUUUGAGGCAACAGGAAAUGUAUGCAGGCGAUGUUUUGAGCCUGAAUGUUGUUGUCUACCUACAAGUGAUAGUCAAGAUACUAAAUUAAUGCUACCAGAAGAUGAAAUAAUCAUAAAGAAAGAAGAGGACAUGAGUUACGAAACUGUGUUAUUUCCAGACAAGUUAUCACCUGAUUCUGGAAAAACUGUAGUUCAUAGAAAAAUAUGCACCAAAUCUAUUCAAAGAAGUACUUUGAAAAAUCGUGAAGGAAAUGAUUUGAAAGUUCACGAAACAAGUCAUGUUAGAGAAACUGCAUUUCAGUGUAAGAUCUGUUCAAAAUAUUUCACUCGAAAAAGUGAUUUAAAAGUUCACUUACGAAUUCACACUGGAGAAAAACCAUUCCAGUGUAAAAUCUGUUCAAAAUCUUUCACCCGCAGAAGUCAUUCAAACAUUCAUAAAAGGAGUCACACAGGAGAAAAACCAUUCCACUGUAAAAUCUGUUCAAAAUCUUUCGCUCAAAGUGGUCAUUUGAUAAGUCACCAAAGGAGUCACUCAGGAGAAAAACCAUUUCAGUGUGAGAUUUGUUCAAAAUCUUUCACUCAAAGUAGUCAUUUGAAAAUUCACCUGAGGAGUCAUACCGGAGAAAAACCAUUUCAGUGUAAUAUCUGUUUAAAAUCAUUCACUGAUAGAAGUCAUUUAAACUUUCAUGAAAGGAGUCACACUGGAGAAAAACCAUUCCACUGUAAAAUCUGUUCAAAAUCUUUCUCUCAAAGUGGUCAUUUAAUAAUUCACCAAAGGAGUCAUACAGGAGAAAAACCAUUCCAGUGUGAAAUCUGUUCAAAAUCUUUCACUCAAACUGGUCAUUUGAAAAUUCACCAAAGGAGUCAUAUUGAAAAGAAAACAUUUCAGUGUAAUCUCUGUUCAGAAUCGUUCACUGACAGAAGUCAUUUCAACCUUCACGAAAGGAUUCACACUGGAGAAAAACCAUUUCAAUGUAAAAUAUGUUCAAAAUCUUUCAUUCGGAGAGCUUAUUUGAAAGUUCAUGAAAAAAUUCAUAAUGAACAAAAACCAUUUCAAUGUAAAGUCUGUUCAAAAUCUUUCACUUUGAGUUAUAAUCUUAAAGUUCAUGAAAAAAGCCAUACCGAAGAAAAACCAUUUCAAUGUAAUGUCUGUUUGAAAUCUUUCAUUUCAAGUAGAGAUUUUAAAGUUCAUGAACGGAUUCAUACUGGAGAAAGGCCAUUUCAAUGUAAAAUCUGUUCAAAGUCUUUCAUUCAAAGUAGCAAUUUGAAAGUCCAUGAAAGACGUCACGCUCGAGAAAACUCCACCCUUUGUAAUGAAAUUCAAACAUAACAUUCAGGUAACACUUCUCAACUAUCUGAUAUUGAUAACAACACAUCUGAUCCUUCAUCUCUGUUGGGCAAAACCUUUAUGGACUUCAAAAUUAAUUUUUAGCCAAAUUUUCUACUUUGGUAAAUUUUUUUCAUUCGAGUCAUUUUGUUCAUUAAAAAUUCUCUCAAAUCAGACCUCUCUGUAAUUUCAGGCUCUUUUUAUGCUACUUUUCCACUUUUUUUUGAGUUGGAGGGAUUUUUUAGCUCCAACGUCUAGUAGGACUUUUGAAAUUAAUCUACCAGGGGAGCCACCAUCUAUUUUCAUGCGGAUGUAGUAAGAAUUCCAUUUGAUUCAAAAGUCACAAAGUCAAGUAACAAAAAUAUUUGAGAAGUGCUGUAUCGGAAGAGCAGUUGAUUUUUUUGGAAUCAAUCAAUUUUAUUUCAUCUCAUCACACAGCUUACAGAAUGAAGUGAACACAGUAUUGUAAAUAUAUAAUUUCUUGAAUAAUGAGGUAUCACUCAUAACUAUUUUUUGAAUACACUGACCCAUUAGUUGGUGAAAAACAAUACCAAAUAAAAAAAAUUCACAGUUUAUUAUAUAUUGUAAGUUUUUUUAAUUAUUAUCAUGAAUAGUAUUGUUUUUAUCUCAGAAGGGCAUAUAACAUUAUCAAUAAGGCUCUUCGUCUUGAAAAACUUUAUCGUUUAGGAAUUUGAGGUAUAGCGCUGUUCAGUGAAUUGAAUCAAAUGAUUACAAUUGGAAACUCAAAAUAUGGAAAAACUUAUUGAGAGUUGUAGAAUCUCGGGAAUCAAUCCUUAGCUCUUUUUCGCUUAUACUAUUUUUGAAAGAUAUAACAAUAAUGAAUUGAUUUCCAAGACCCCGUGAGGUAUAAAACAAGUCGAAAUAUGAAGGAUGUAUGUAAAAACAACCCCAAAUUCAAAGUAGUUUAUAUGGAUAAUACAUUUGUCAGUAAUGGCAAAAACAGUGAAAACAAGUGUCGCCAAUGGAGUGUUGAAGAAUUUCACCAUUACUUCACAAGCAAUCUCCAAAGAGUGUCAUGAUUUUCUUACCAAAAGUAUUUUUCAUGGUUAUAAUUGGUUACAUAAAUAUAAUUUAUAUUUCAUGUUAACACUUUGUAUGUCGUAAAUAAGCAGGUGCUAGUUGAAUGAAUAAAAAUAUUAUGCAUCA